UUAACAUAUCUUUUAAACAGCAUACUCUGGCGUCCUAGACCUAGCCCCCAAAACUGUCCUGGUGAGCUGAUGGGCAGACGUAUCCCCCAAAAGCGAAAGAGUGCAAAAGAACUGAUCAUCCAAAGAGUUUCUUUUCUUCGAGCAGCUUUUCUUUGGCACGCCUAGCCUCUCCCAACCUUCUUCCCUCAGAUCAUCUACACAAAAUGGCCGCAGAACUAUCGCCCAAGUGGACCGCCGCCGAGCUCGCUAGCGACGAUGUGUCCAAGAAGGACCUGAUCUCGUACCUGCAAGAGUCUGCCUCCAACGCCUUCCUGCUGUCGCACAAGCUGAACGGCAAGCUGGCGAACGUGGCCAAAACCGCCAAGAAGCCUGCGCUGAUUACCGCCUACAACGAGCUGUUCGCCACGAAGCAGUUCCGCGCCGCCGACGAAGUCUCAGCCUCCGAGGUCAAGCACGCCAAGGUUGCUGCCGAAAAAUCUGCUGCGCCUGAGCAACAGCACGAGUCGGAGACUCCCAAGUAUGUCAAGAAGACCACGAAGCGCGGCACCGGCCAGCGCAUGCCCAGCAAGGGCGAUCGUGUCAGCGUCUACUAUACCGGAAUGCUGGAGGACGGCACUGUGUUUGACACGAACCUGAAGACUAAGGGGAGGAAGCCCAUGGCACCACUGGUCUUCAAGGUCGGCACUGGCCAGGUCAUCCGUGGCUGGGACGAGGCGCUGAUGACGAUGGUUGCGGGCGAGAAGGCACGGCUGACGAUCGAGUCGGAGUGGGCGUACGGCAGGCACGGCCAUGAAGCGGCUGGCAUCCCGCCCCAUGCCACCCUGGUCUUCGAUGUCGAGCUCGUCAACGUCGACUAAGUGUUGGUAAUUUCUAUAUUUGCUUGCAUAUAGUUAUCAAUAAGUCAGCCGGGUUAUGCUGCUGCUCUCCGCUGUUGCUGCACCUGCGUGUACUGACGUAUGACGAUGCGUACAUUGGAAUAUUUACUUGGGUUUUAUUGCCUCGCAUAUGCGAUGUUCAAUACGUGAUGCAUGAAGGGACACCAGCAGGCAUGUCAGUGGGUCCGUCGCCUUAAAACAAAAGAUCAAAUGCACAUGCUCUACUUUGCAAAUACGCGGCUGCGAAGAGAAAUCCAUAGAGUGCAUGCUCGCAAUCACUAUCUACAUGGUCAGCGCCUGAUGCUAAUGUGGCGGAGACCAUUUGUCGCGAUCCUAU